AUGCAGAAAAGAAACAGAAAGAAAAGUAAAAAGAACACAGGCAGUGACUCGGCCACGUCAUUAAUUUCACUUAUCACUGAUCAGGAGGACUCCAGUAUUGUUGAAGUUGAUGAAAAUGAAGAUGAAUGUGAGAGCCUUGCAGCCUCUGUUUCUGCAAACACACAACCCACUGCACAAACAAUAGAAAAUGCUGACACUACCAGGCCAGCUGAAAGUGAUGAGGUUAGGACAGAAUCAAAAGAUGAUGAACAUUCUAGUAAAGGGAAUGCAGUAUCAAUAUCCAUCAAAGAUGGGCCACUUGACAAAGAGAAACAUGGAGGUGAGGACGGAGAGCCCGUAAUUUCCAUGAGUGCGAACCUUUCAGCAUCCUCAAAAAAUGAAGGUCCUGAAAGCAUGAAGACCAAUUCUGGUAACUUUGAAGUUAAGAGUGUGAGUGGAAAAGAGGUUCCUAUAAAUGAAAAAAUAACAGAUACCCAGGUCAGAAAACUAAAAAUGGACAUAUCACAUACAUCUAAAGCCAACUCUGAGGGUGGAGGUAUGCAAAUUAGUCAAGAGCCAACUCUUCAAAAUGAAAGGAAAACUUUGGACAGUGCCAUGGACAGAACAAGAGAAUCUAACCUCAGAGAAAAAAAUUAUCUUGAAAAUCAGCAUGAUAGUCAAAAUGUAAAGAGUAAAGAAGAUUCCAAAAAUAUCUCCAGCAGUGCAAAAGACACAAGUGACACACGUAAACCAAAUAAAGACACAAGUAGUACAACACCUGACUUAGAUGAAAGAAAUCAAAUUUCAAAUAAAUCAGCUACAUCUGCAGCAACUCCUGGCGUAGACCCAAGAACUGAUCCUGAAAAGACGAGUAACAAAGUAUCACCUGGCAACAAAAACAAAAAGAAGGACACAAAGCUAGAUGAUUCUACAAAUGUUUCAGUCCCUGAAGAAAAUAACAACAGCUCUGAAAAGGCGAAUAAUGAUAAUAAAAAUACUGGUAAUGGUAAAAGAUCUGAAUCUGAACAGACAACAAAACAACAAAAUACAAAUGACAAUGAAAAGGAAACUGAUGAAAGUACUAAAGACAGUCCAUCAGCAUCCUCUAAUACAUUGAUCCAGAAAGAUGAAAAUAAAAAACAGGAAAAAGGAUCUAAAAACCAGAAUAUGAAUCAAAAUAAAGCAAAGGAAAAAGAAGUUUCCCAAAAAAAAGAAAAUACUAAGAAGGUCACAAAUGCUUCAAAACAGCAAAGUGGAGAUGGAAAUACUUCAAAUAAAGAAAAGGCAGAUAACAAAGAGAAGCAAGAAGCUAUUCGAAGGGAGCUUAAUCCUGAGGACUGUAUCACACUAUAUUUUCAUGUCAUUGUUUCCAAACAUUUUAAUGUGAAAACCAACGAGGAUAAGGUGAUAGUAAAAGGUGGAGGGAUUGAAGGCUAUAGACCAUGGAAAGAUGUCAUCUGCAUGAUGAACUACACAGAAGACCUCAAGCAGCACGGUUACCUGUAUGAAGGGCAAACCCAGGUUCCUAAAAAUUGUUUGAAUAGACAAUUCCCAUACAAAUAUGUUAUUGUACGGGCAAAUGGGGAAAAGGAGUUUGAAUUCAUAUAUAAUUCUGAUGUGAAUGAAAAAAUAACUGUGAAUCGUUGCCUGUAUAUUCAGUCCAAUCAUGUUCAAGGAAAAGAGUGGCAUCAGUACGAUGAUGUGUGUAUGAAAGAAAAUCGUGGGUUAAUAGCAACGCUAAGGAGCAUGGUACACAUGGAUAAAUACAAAGAUAUCUUUAAUGGAAAGAUGAUGGCUGGUGAAGUCAUGCUCAGCAGGAUUUUCAGUAUUCUCACAGACUGUGAUGCCAUCAAUAUGUCCAAUUUCCUAAUCCAGCUUAAUCAGUUUUGUGCCGUGUAUGGAGAGCCCCUUUUGUUUGGAGGGGACAGAGUAAUAACAUGGAAAAGUCUUGGAUUCGGAGGUUUUCAGUACACACAACAGGAAGAGAGGAAAAAUAUCCACAGAAAGCAAUAUUCGCCUACGACGGUGGAGACAGCAGAGAAACUAUUUGUGUCCCUGGGGCUCAUGGAUGUGGAACGGGAAAACAGAAUUGAUGGUGAUUUUUUUUCCCCCGACACCAAGGUAAAUAAACUCAUCUUGAACAUUCUUCGUCAAAUCUGUGAACCUUUCCUUGAUAGAAAAAAACUGCAAGCAAAGUACAUCAAAAACCGAUUAAUGGCCGGGUUGGUCUGUGUCCUCGUAGUAAAUCAUUUUAAUGUUGCUAUUGAGAGAACCGAUAUUGCAGAUAUUUGCAGUGUUUUGUGUUUGGUUGAAAUGCCCAGGGACCAGAUGAUUGACGAACUUCAUAGAGCAAAAGCUACAUUCUGUAAAAUUCCAGGGAUGGAUAGCCAAUUGAGAGCACUGUGUCAGAAAUGCAUAGAUGACCGUAUUAAUGAAUGGGUGUGGGUCCUACCUGUGUUUCAUGACUUUUCUGCUGCAUCUAAUGCAGGCACGUUCCAUAAAGCAACAGAAGACAAGCAAGAAGAUAUAUGGGCAGGCCUGGAAAGCCUUAUUUAUAAUGAAGUAAAAAACCGUGAAAGUGAUGUUCUUAAAAAGAUGGUUGCCAAGAAAUAUUUGCUGCAGGUGGACCCAUUACUAAUAAAAUCAUGGUUGUGUUUGAUACCGAUUAACCACAUGGAAGAAUUUUUACAAAAGAUUCCAGUAAGAAUUGUUUGUGUCCUCAGAGCAUGUUACUUUAAAUUUCCUGGAGCUGACUACAGUCACAGAGAGCCGUUUUGGAUCAAAGAUUUAAUUUUGAGUAUAUUUCUCUCCUACAUCUCCUUCGUUAAACUGAUUACCUGCGUGGGACAUCACGUCAGGGUUCAGUUGGACAGUGCCACGGCCCAUGGCAGUGCUGGAGGUAAAAUUAAUCGAAAGAGCGGACACUCUGGUGGCAACGUGGAACAUGUACCACCUGAUUUAUGCAUUCACCCCUCUGAAGCUACUCGCACGGCUUCUGCGUCACGUGGAAGUCAAGGGGAUUCCAUUUCUUCUGGUGGCUCCAGAUUGAGCUUGCUGUCCUUGGUAUGCCGACGUGGCCCCCCUGUACCAGCCUUCACCCACCCGGACACCUACCCGCAGCACCUUCUCCUUGGCGGCCGGGUACAGGAGGGAGAGAUGCUGCCAGCAGCGGCCUGUGGGGUGCAGGAGCGGGUACACUUUGAGCGCCACCCACACACAAGGACGUCAUCCUGCUUGGCAGCACCUUCAGAGCGGACAGCAGAGCAACAACAAACAGAGGAUACGUCAGAAUCUAACUCACAAGUACCUGAUCUGGAAAAGGUUUUGGAAGAAGCAUUGUUUUUGACAGAAAAAUGGCUGGAAGAUGUCUAUGGACAUAAAUUUACUUUUAUACCAUAUGGAAAGCGUAGUUUCCACUCAGAACUCUGGGCGUGGCAUCUGUUCCUUAAGGCUGGUGAAAAUGCAACUCAGAGGUGGAAGAAUGCUCUUGUCCCUGUUUUACUUAGGAAGAUUAAACAGGAAGAAGCAAUUGAUCAAAUUUCUGUGUAUUGUAAAGAACAGAAUGAAUUUAAAAGUCUUCACCCGUCCAUUAACAAAUGCUUUGAAGACUGUGCAAUUGAAGCAGUGCAUUUGGCUUGCCAGUCAGAGACCAAUAUUCUUAGCAAGUUAAGUUCUUACAAUCUGGAAAAUUUUGGACGUUUGGUGUCAAGUGUUAUAGAAAAUUCAUGGCCAAAGGAUAACCAAGGAAACUAUGUUAAAGAGAGUGAUGCAAUUUUACAGCACUUGCUAAUGUGGACAGAUGCAACAUACAUAUUUAAACUUUACGGAUCGGAUAGCCGAAUAAUAUCACAAUUUGGAGAGGACAGCCAAGAACUGGUGGCUCUUUCAGAAUCGGUGUUUCUGAAGGCCAUUAGGGAUGUCAUGGAUGGAACGGUGCUCUAUAAACAUAUACAGAGUAUUCUAAAGCACAAGAAACAGUUUGUAGCUAUUUGUAAACUGAAAACCGAAAAAAAAGAGAAACUCUUGUUGAGUGAAAUAAAUCAAGUGCUGAAGUGGAGGAAUUCUGAAUUUGACAAACUACAAACGGAGCGUGAAUGGGUGAACAGUCUCCUUAAAAUGAUCGAGAGUGUUGAUAAGUAUAUAAAAGUGAAUGUUUCUGAAAUUCAUGCAAAGCAUUUACAAGAACUGGGAUCACAAAAGCUAAUGGAUAUGUUACCAGUGAAGACACUUAAUUCGGAUGAUGAAUUUACUGGACAUGACUUGUCUUAUUAUAACCUCAGUGCUCCUUCCAUGACCAUGGCUGAACACCUGAACACUUUCAGGACUAGCCAUGUCUUUACCACUUGUUGGGAGAGACAAGCCAAUGCUGUUGCUGAGAGUUCUCAUAGUGAGUCCUCUAAUGAGAGUGAAGAUGACACUGAGUACACAGUUGAGGAAAUAGUCGAUGAACUCUUCAAUCCAUGUUUGGAAAAUUGCAAGAAGAUUUAUAAUGACCUAAAAUCUGGACAAGUCACCUUUGAAGUUGUGGACGAGUUUUUAGCAGAUUUCAAAGACAAUUAUGGAAAUCUCGAAAAAGAGCUUGAAAUCUUGUGUGGCUUGGGAGACAGAGAGACUAAAACAUGGAUCUCGAACCGCGUGAUGCAGAUUAAAGAGUACCAUCAACUUGAUGUAGCCUUUCGUUCUGCAGAGGCUAUAUCUGAAGUAAAAGGUUUUUUCAAUCUGGAUGGGGACUUCCAAACAUUAGAAACCCUGCUGCAAUUUGCUGAUGACUUUGAGAACUAUAAGCAAAAUUCGUUAUCAUGUAUAAGCACAGAAGUAAUGAAAACCAAACAAGUGUUGUCGAAAGUUAAUGAAAAUCACAUUGCAUGUCUUAAGGAAGUUUUGAAAAGAAAAGAGUUUAUUCUUUGGGUGAAAGAAGCAUUGACAGAUGUCAAUGAGCUGAAAGUGUUUGUUGACUUGGCCUCCAUUUCUGCUGGAGAGAACGAUAUGGAUGUGGACCGUGUUGCCUGCUUUCAUGACGCAGUGCUGGGAUAUUCACCAUUGUUCUAUGACCUGAAGUGUGAGUUUGGGUUUGACAGCUUCAUGCUUUGCCUGGAGAAAUUAUGGAAAGCCUUACAAAGUGACCCGAAACUUCCAGAAAAGUUGAGAGACUCUGCUCGUCAUAUAGAAUGGCUGAAGACUGUAAAAGAGAGUCAUGGUUCAGUUGAAUUGUCAUCUCUGUCCCUGGCAACAGCUAUCAACAAAAAGGGGACCUAUAUCAUCAGAGCACCCAAGGACAAGAAGGUAAUUCCUAUUACACCUGACAAUGUUUUGAACCUGGUUCUACCAGAGAAUGAGAACAAUCGUUGGUACACACUAGAGGAGCUGAAGGAAUUGCUUAACAAACUAAUGCUAAUGUCAAGCAAGGGAGAACAAGGCAACGUGGAAGUUGACAAGUUUUCGGAGAUAUUUUCUAAUGUUCAGAGGCUGGCUGGCUCUUUUAUUGACCUCUAUCUGGCUGGAAAUAUGCUGUUUAGAACGUGGGAGGCAGUGAUCCAAUGUGCAGAUAAUGCUACAGUCAGUGUUCUUAUGAACUUUGAUGUUGAGGGAAUUGAUGAACUUCAAGGAGAAGAAGCUCUUUCUGACUUGCUUCCAAGCAUCUGCAAAACCAUGGAGAGAUUGUUGGAAGAGUGGCUGGCCUUUGUCAACAAGAAGAGAUCCAAGCUAUACUACCUAAACUACUACACAGCAGAGCAGCUGGUAUACCUGUGCCAGCAGUAUCAGAUGAGGGAAAUCAGUGAGGAGGCUCUUGUAAUGUUGUCUUUUAUUAAACCUGACUGUGCAAAACUAGACACCAUCACCCCCUUCUACUUUCCAAAGGCCGGUUCUCCUAAUCUAACUGUUGUAAAUCAACCAGAUAUGAUGGACUUUUCAAUGGAUCUUGAAGACUGUAGUGAUGUUUCAAAUAAACUGGAGCUGGUUUGGAAGUUCUCUAUGGAUAACAUGAACUCUUUCUUCCCAGGUUGCCUGGAUUUGGAUGCCCUGGGUACUAGCUUAGCUGCUCUGGCUGAACUAAAUAAAAAAUGGAUAGUCCGUGACCUUCAUCCAAGUUUGCAGCCUGGCCGGCCCAAUCUGAUUCUUUGUCCUUCAUCAGAAAUUUUGUCCUGUGCUAUAGCAGUUUACAUGCACAGCUCUGGUGAGCCAUUGCCAUCCUACGAUGAAGUUCUCCUAUGCACGCCUCAUACCACCUUUGAAGAGGUGGCCUUGUUUCUUCGUAGAUGUUUGACAUGCGGGUACAAUGGGAAGAAGAUUUAUAGUUUGAUUAAUGCAGACCAGCUAAGUUAUGAUGUUGGGUAUAAGUCUGAGCUGCUAUUUCAACAACUACAGGCCAAGUGCAUAGAAAAGUACAAUCUUGUAAUCAUAUGUAACUCUGAUCGAGAGGGUUGCUACAUUCCUUCAGUUUUCAGCCAAUUCAAGAUUCAUGUGAUCCCCCAAAUGCAACCUGUGGAGAUUCAACGUUACCUGUGUACACAUUUUAAAGUCGGUUCUAAAGUGGUUUCAGCUGCUUCCGUGUUUAAGAAUGGAAUGACUGCAGGAAUUGUGUCAUCCAAGCGAGCUGGAGUUGGAAAAUCUCUGUAUGUGAAAAGGCUUUACCAAAGACUUGAGUCAAAAUUUUCAAGUAAAAAGCCACUUCUUAAAAUAAUUCGGCUCAUUAAGCCAGAGGUGGAUGAGAACAAAGUAUUGGAAACCUUACUUCCUUUUCUAAAUGGGAAAUCGAAGAGCUGUCCUAUAAUAUUCCAUAUCGACAUUACAUCUUCUGUGAAAAGUGGCAUUUCAGAGUUCCUGUUUAAACUCCUUGUCCUGCAAUAUCUGAUGGAUUCUGAGGGAAGAAUAUGGAAGCGUCUGCCCAGUCACCUGUACAUCAUUGAGAUUUUGGAAUCUUCAGACAUUUUAUUUAGAAAACAAUUCAAAUCUGUCCCUCGAAUUGUGCAAAACGGUUUCAUUGACUUCUUCCCUAAGAUUUACUGCUGCUCUCCAAAAGAGGUUCUCACAAAAACUACACAAACUGAUGUAAUUGAUUGUGGAGAUCCAGGAAUGGACAUUGAGGAAUUUCGUAGUGAAUGUUUCCAGAGACCGUACCAAUACCUGAUUCGCUUUGACCAGGAACAAAAUCUAGAUAUGUUUGUGUACAUAGAAGGCCACACCGAAGGAGACCCAGCAAAAUGUCUGCAGAUAUUUCUUCUUUACUGUGGCAUAGUUGACCCUUCAUGGUCUGAACUCCGGAACUUUGCAUGGUUUCUAAACCUUCAGCUAAGAGACUGUGAAGCUUCAGUGUUCUGUAACCAUGAGUUUGUUGGAGAUACACUGCAAGGAUUCAAAAACUUUGUGGUGAAUUUUAUGAUAUUAAUGGCAAAGGAUUUUGCCACUCCUUCUUUGCACAUUGCAGAUCAAAGCCCAGGAAGAUAUGAGAUUAAUCUUGAUGGAGUCAAAGAACAAGACCUGGUACCUUUCUUAUUGCGCAAGAGAUGGGAGUCUGAGCCACAUCCCUAUAUAUUCUUUAAUGAAGACCAUGCAUCCAUGACAUUUAUAGGAUUCCACCUGGAGCCAAAUAAUGCUGGUGGGGUGGAUGCCAUCAAUCCUAGAAAUAACAGCAUCAUCCGACAAAAUGUUAUGUCCGCGCAACUUUAUGAAGGCUUGAAGCUUCAGAGAGUGCCAUUCAAUACUGAUUUUGACCAGUUGCCCAGACAUGAGAAAAUAAGCAGAUUAUGUUUGGUGCUAGGAAUUCAGUGGCCAAUGGACCCCGAUGAAACAUAUGAGCUCACCAUGGAUAACAUUGAUGACACCUCACCACACAAAAAAGUUGGAUUUAUUGGCAUCUCUAAUUGGGCUUUGGAUCCAGCAAAAAUGAACCGAGGGAUAUUUGUUUCCCGAGGUGACCCAAACAGAAGAGAGCUUAUUGAAAGUGCAAAGGGAAUUUGUUCUUCUGAUAAAUUAAAUCUCCGUAAAGUCUCACAGUACUUCUCUAACUUCUCAGAGGCGUAUCUUAAAGUUUGCGAAACCUUAAAGGAACAGGAAAAGGAAUUCUUUGGUCUACGAGAUUUCUACAGUCUGAUAAAAAUGGUGUUUGCUUUUACCAAGCAGUCUCAAACCAACCUGACCCUGGAUGAAAUUGCUAGGGCUGUUCUGAGGAAUUUCAGCGGGAAAGAUGAGGUGAAUGCUUUGGAAAUUUUCCUAGGAGACGAAAGCAGAAAUAUAGAAUAUAGCAACACAAUAGAUUUGGUGAUGGAGAACAUCAGAAGUGACAGUGAUGAUUGCCGUUACUUGUUAAUAUUAACCAAAAACUAUGCUGGAUUACAAAUCCUUCAGCAAGCUUUCCUCAAGGAAAACCAACAACCAGAAAUCAUCUUCGGCUCCAGUUUUCCAAAGGACCAAGAAUAUACUCAGGUUUGCCGAAAUAUCAACCGUGUUAAGAUUUGCAUGGAAACUGGACAGAUGGUUAUACUGCUUAAUCUACAGAACCUGUAUGAAAGCCUCUAUGAUGCAUUGAACCAAUACUAUGUCUAUCUAGCUGGCCAAAAAUAUGUUGACCUGGGCUUAGGCACACAUCGUGUCAAGUGCAGAGUCCAUCCAAAGUUCCGAUUGGUAGUCAUUGAAGAAAAAGAAGUUGUGUAUAAAGAUUUUCCGAUUCCCCUCAUCAACCGUCUUGAGAAACAUUACUUGGAUAUAAACACAUUCCUGAAAAAAGAACACAAGGUUAUCCUUCAGGAGUUGGAAGCCUGGGUAGAGGAUUUCACUAAAGGCAAACAAACCCACACCAUUGGUAACGCCCAGACUUACAGGCCUUCAGAUGUUUUUAUUGGUUACCAUUCAGAUACCUGUGCUUCAGUUGUUCUUCAAGUGACAGAGAACAUGAAGCAAUCACAUACUGAUACUCAAAUCAUAAAAGAUGUGAAGAACAAAGCAGAACUAGUCUUGCUCAACUGUGCCACACCUGAUUCUGUCAUCCGCUUAGGCCGGAAAGAAUUAAUUGAGGAAUACUUCAAGAAGCAGAAACAUGGUUCAUUAUUAGAUUUCCUUUACUAUCAUGUGACAACUGGAUUUGAUGAUCAUACCAUUUUCACAGAGAUCACAACAUUUUCCCGCCUUCUGACAUCUGCUGACAGAAAGGUUUUAGAAACUGAGUUACGAAGCCAAGUCAGUAGCAUUGAAAUUUUGUCCCUGCAGCAGUUUGAUACAGAGUUCUCAUUCUUGAAAAAGAUUCGGAGUUUUCUUGAAUGCUCAUCUGGAAAUCUAAUAUUGAUUAUACAGACUGAUUUUGAAGAAGGAUCCCAAGGAGCAAAUCUUGUGGCAUCAGCAAAGUACUCUGCUGUGAAUGAGAUACAAAAGGUGAAUCUCAAAGAAGCGUCUGUAUUUGUCUACUUCAUAACCAAACUUCCCAGAAUGCAAGGAGGCACUUCUUAUGUAGGCUUCCGAGGAGGAUUGUGGCAGUCCAUUCACAUUGAUGAUCUGAGGAAGUCUAAGGAUAUGGUUGAUGAUGUAACAGCACUUCAGGAUCUCACCAUAAGCCGUCUGUUCUAUACUGAAGAGACAAAAGAACCAGGAAAGAAUGAUACUAAGCACAAAACAAACAUGGAAACAGAGAUGGAGGUAGAAAUGAUCCAUGGAAAUGAAGACAGUGAGAUCCACAGCAGGGGUGAUGAAGAGGACAAGAACGAAGAGAUGGAUAUAGAUAUGGAAGACAAAAUGGAGACUGAAAAUGAAACUUCUGAAGAUCAAGAAAUGGAAACUGAUGAUCCACUGCCCAGACCAGAGGAUAUGAUGGACACCACCAUUCUCAUCCGAAGCUGUGUUCAGAAUGCCAUAGGCUUAUUAAGGGAUGACGAGAAUGUUAAAAGCCGUAGCACCAGGAGGAUUGAGAUCCUGAUAAGCGUCUUGAGCACAGAAGAUCAGAUAAAAAGCUCUUUCUUAAAAAUGCUGAAGUACCGCCUGUACAAGUUGCUAGAGACGCAGGAAGUAAUUGCAUUUAGUCCUGAACAAUGGGUCAUACGGGAGGCUGGAAAUCACGAUGCUCUGCAGGAAGCUGGAACUUUCAGGCAAACCCUUUGGAAACGUGUUCAGACCGCUGUCACACCGCUUCUGUCCCAAAUCUUGUCUGUUGUUGAUCGUAAUGCCAACCUGGACCUCCUUGUGGCAAAGCAUGUGGAAGACUAUGUGAAAUGCCUAUGGAUGUACAUUUUUCAAGAUGAAAAUCUUCUGCCUAUCGAUAGUCACAGUUCACAGAAUGAAACCAUUCUGGUGAAGAACUACAUGAAUAUCGCUGUAUUUGGGGAAAAUUGUUUACCUUUCAGCUGGAGGAUUAAAGAUUAUCUGGAAGAUAUUUGGACUCAGGCCCAGCACAUUGAUACUACAGAAGGUCCUGCAAUGAAAUUUCUAGAGAUCUUCUGUAAAACGCCAUUGGGAAAAUAUGUCUCCUCUAAGGAAGAGAACACACAACACAACCUUUUCCUGAUUUACAAGAGAGACUUUAUCCUUAUGAACAUGAGCAUAUCAUCUGCUGAAGAGUUAAAGAUCAUGGAGUUUGCUCUGUCUGCAUGUAUCGAAGAAUUAAGAUCCUCCACAAAAUCUAAGGAACCCCUACAACUUCCAUGGGUCCAUAUUGGAUAUAUUACAUUUCAACACAGGCUGCAAAACUUAAACAGGAUUUUGGUGGUCAACCCCUCAGUGUUGGACUCCCUACUUGAAAAGAUCACCGAUCCCAGGCCACUACUAAGAAAUGAGAUGGUUCUUGACAUCUAUGCUGCCAUUGCUUGUCUAGAAUCAUUGAAACACACCAUGCAGAGAUCUGACCCUCAAGAAUGGAUGCGACAAGUAAAAAACAUACACAUGCCCAUUGAAUUGACCUGCUCAGAAGGAUAUUUACAGGGACAGGGUGCUUGGUGCAAAACAGGAAUAAACCAGAUCAGAAAACUUUGGAAUUGUGUAUUUUCUAUGGCACUUUUUAUAGAACAUCUCUUGGUGGGAGAGAAUCUUCAGGAUGAAAACAUGCAGGGACUGAUAAUAGGCCAUACCUUAUUCCUUGGGCAUCGUCUGGAACACUUUACAGAUAUAAAGACAGCUAAACCGUUCAUGGCUGUUGUAGAUGCACUUCACAAAUGCAGAAAUGAAGUCGCUAACUCUGUAUCAAGGUUUGGAAUGCAAUUGUGUGCAGUUUGCCAAGGUGAUCCAAAUGAGCCGGUCUGCCUUGAAUGUGGCCAUGUUUAUUGCCAGUCCUGUCUAAAGCAGUGGCUGGACAUACGUAACAGGACUUGUCCAUUGUGUAAAAAGGAGCUGCCAGAAAAUUUCACCAUGGUUGUUUCUAAAGAAAUCAGGGAGUCCAUGCAGAAAAAUAUUGAGUUUAGAAAGCAGUGCAAUGGAUUUUUCAUGGAUAUUGUAUGCAACUUGUGCUUCAAGGACAACAGACCACCAGAUGAUGAGGUCAUACACCAUCUAAUAUCCUUUCUAUUCGACAAUAAACUGUUUCUGUUCUUUCCAAAUAUAGAUUCUGUAAGUCACACACGGUCUCUUUCCCCCUUUGAGGAUGCUGUGGACAAAACUCCAGUGAUACGCUCUGUCAUAUUGAAACUGCUGCUGAAGUACAGCUUUGACAAUAUAAUGAAACAUGCACAAGAUUAUUUAGACAGAGUCAAAAGAAGCAAUCUUCUGAAAAUUGUAGACACAAAAGAAGUAUACCUGCUAUUCAUUAACUGUCUGGAGGAUUCACUAUAUGAAAAAAAACAAAAAGUUCAAAAUGAGGAUGAAAAACUUGAAUACUUUGAAACGGAAGCAUUGUUUUUGCAAAACUACUUAAGAAGCUGCAAGCGGCAAAAAAAAGAGGAGACAUCUGUUCAACUCCUUCAGGAUGUGGCCAGAGUGAGGCUGGCACUUGAUGUGGCGGCAGAAAUGAUGUCAGUCAAACUGAGAGGAUCCAUAAGUGAACAGUACCUGAGAUGUGUGAAAGAUUUAUGCUCCCAGUCUGGCAAUGAUUGGUACAGAGUCUAUCUAAUACGCAAACUGGCUAACCUGGAGGGCAUAGACAUGGUCCAAAGACAUUUUAAAGAUCCUGCAUUCAGGUGGCUGUUCCCUCAAGAAAUGUUGCAGAAAAAGAACACUGAGACAAAUCACAUCGACCAUUUCUUGGUAUGUGGAGAAAGUUACAAAGUACUGAGGGAAGGUAUAAGCAGAGCAAUGAUGGAAGGCAAAGAAGAAAGGAUUGCAACUGCCAUGGAGGAGUGUAAACAUCGGGAUCAAAAACUGGCUGUUCACCUUCUGCUCGCUGUAUUCCGGGAAAUAACCUUGUGCUAUGGGGUCCGUAAUAAUGGUCAACAAAAUACAUCACCUGAACAGGAGUCUGUGAUGGAUUUUAUAAAAAAUGCCAACAUUUUCAAGGACAGAUUUCUGAAACAGUUUUUGGAGACUCUGCUGACCAACAGCCGGCCAUUUCUCCGCGCUCUCCCCGGCAUGAGCGGGUCAUAUGUCACAAUCUUUGGAUUAGCCGUACACUUGGCCUCCAUUCUUCUAUCUGGAAAUAACAAUCUUUUGGCACCAUUAAAAAAUAUCUCAUUCUCUUCUGCUAGAAUGCAGAACUCCUACUUGCCAACCAUGCCAGAGGACAUGCUUACCAAGGCUAGAAAUGUAAUAAGAGAACCACUGCAAUGGUAUUGUUGUCCCAAUGGCCACUACUGUGCUAUCGGAGAGUGUGGUCAGCCAAUGCAGACAGGUCAAUGCCUGGAUUGUGGUGCCAGGGUUGGAGGCGAAAACCAUGCAGCCCUUCCGGGAUUCCAGAGAAUUCAACAGGGUGAAGACCGAACACAGACUGGGCAUGUGUUGGGAGACCCGGAUCGCCAGGGCCCAGCUGUGGCUCCAGACCGAGAUAUAGCAGCCCCUGCCUUUAUUUUACUAAGGAUGAUAACACAUCUAGCAAUGCUUCUGGGAUCAGAAGAGGAUACGCAGAACCUGAUGUGCAUUGUGAAGCCACCAGUUCAAAAUGUUCAAAAUUUUGUUUUUCGUCACAUUGAAAGAGAUCUGGAAUAUCUGAGGAACAGUCUUGGGAAAAGCACAGAUGACACCACAACUGUUAUACAUCUUGUACUUGACAAAAUGCUGAGUCCGCAACGCUCUGGGCAGUGGCCUGUCAACUUUGAUGAAGUAUGGUCAACCAAAGAAAUGAGGAACAACUGGGAGAAGCAUUUUGUAUCAAUGGUCAUUACCCCUGUGCUCGGGAGCUUAGACAGGGACCUCAUGACUGUGAACAAUUACAUCCGUCAGGAUGAGAGAAUUAGUUCCAAUCCUGUAGUAAAGGUGGUGUAUGGUGAUCCUCUGAUAAGUGGAGAGAAGAUGGACUUGCCAAAGGACAGUAAUGUGUAUUGCUCAAAGAUAUGGAGCUGCAGAGAACGGAUCACCAUUGAAUAUAUACUACAUACUGUCCAGCAGCAGGAUGGAAAAGACACCCUUCCUCUACUCUGGAAAUUCCUGGAGAAAGAAACAGAACUACAGAUGGUGAAGUUUUUGCCAGAUAUUUUAAAACUCCAGAAGGAUUUAGUAAAGAAGUUCCAAAAUUACAAAGACAUCAAUUAUGAAACUGUCGAAGAUUUCUUGCAAAGCAUAAAGACUGAUGGAGCUAACCAUAUUUUUAAGAAGCGUAUACAACAUUUCAUGCUUGCUUGGAAUCAUCUGCGGCUUUCUCUGCAGACGAAAGGUGAAAUAAAGCUCCCAGAAGGCAUGUGUGAUGAGAUCCUUACCAUGGACAGCAAAUUUGAGUUUUUUCUUCCUCGUCGGCAGGGACUGGGCCUGGGUGCUACAGCACUCACCAGCUACCUCAUAGCACUGCACAACAGUUUUAUAUAUGCACUGGCAAAAUACACCAACAUUGAGCCUAAUUACUCCAUUAAAGCUUCUGAAGUAAUGGAUCUACAUGUGAUCAGUUAUGAGCUGGAAAAGGAUCUAGUGCCUAUAAUCUUAUCCAACUGCCAGUAUAGUUUAGAGAGCGGUAAAGAGACUUUACAGGAAUUUGACUUUCCAAAGAUCCAGAAUCAACUCACCACCCGCCUUCUCCAAGGGAAGCCUCUCAUCACCAUGGUUGGAUUGCCAACUCUCACCCUUUCCCAUGACAGAAACUAUGAGCACCUGUUUACAGAUCUAAAGAAAAGACUCCCUCAGGACGGUCUAUCAAACUCAGCAAUAGAUGUCAUAAGCAAAGACCUGAAUGCAUUCAGUGAUGUCUGUGAAGCCUUAAACAUUGUGGACAUCUCACUGGGAUUUCUGGCAACGUCAGGAGGAAAUCCAGAACUUUCUUUAACAGAAUAUGUAGAAGAUGUCCUACAGAUGAAAGAACAGAGCAGCACACAUGUUCUUGAGGCGCUGAAACGCUGUCACUUGAAAAACACAAUCGCUCUUUGGCAGCUUCUCACUGCACUGAAGUCACAACAUCUUUUACAUCUAAAGAGGGAUCCAUUUGCCAGUGUGGACACAGCUUACAAACAUAAACUAGACAAGGAGAGGCAGCACGCACUCAAUGUGUUCUUGGAGCAGAAUGGCACAAACCGCUUCCUUCUGGAGCUGCAUGAGAUGAUCAUGCUGAAAUUAGGAAAGCCACGAAGUGCAGAUGAUUUCCCACCUUCAUGGAUCUUAAGGGAAGUGCUGGCUCCUCUUCUUGAUGAUAAAGGUGUUUCCUUCCUGGAACUGGAGAAUGACUUUCCCGAACAAAUUGCACUUGCCCAUUGCAUUGAAGCUUGGAAGGUUGCUGCCAAUAAGAAGUGGAAUCGCAUUUAA